AUGUCUGUUGAAAACUCACCAUCUGCUGCUCAAUCAACAUCAAAUCCUGCUACUGCAACUACCAGAUCAGCUAAUUCAACAAUCACAUCAACCACUGUUUCAACUGCCACUUCCGUCAGCUCCACAACCACUCCUUCUUUGACACCUUCUAAACUUCAGCCAGCUCCAGCUCCUCUGGUUAGCGCUUGGGGUAAGAAAUCAUCAACACCACAAUCAGAUGCUUCCACCACCACACCAGCAUCCAAAUCAUCACAAAAUGGUACACAAAGGGAACAAUGGCCAAGUGCUAAAGCUGCUUUAGAAUCAGCAGCUACUGCUAGAGAAACAUCAUUGCCUUCAAGUAUACAAACUUCUCCUUCUGCUUCCAAGAGUGCUACUAUUUCUGGAUCAAAAGUCAAAACUGGUAAAGAAAAAUGGGUUCCAUUUGAAGCUAAUAUUGUCUUACCAUCCGCCUCAGGGUCUAAUAAGAAGAAGAAUAAUAAUAGAAAGAAACAAGGCCAAGGUAAAACACAACAACAACAGCAACAAGGUAAAGGUGGUAAAGAUGGGAAAUUUAAAAAAACUAAUGGUGGUGAUUCCAAAGCACAAGGAUCCAAAUCCACAGCGGCAAGUGAUAAAAAGGUUGAAAGCGUUACUAAAGGUGUCGAAGACUUGAAGGUUGGUUCUAAAGUAUCACAAAAAGAAAAUGGUAAUAAAGAACCUUCAGUUCCAUUGGAUCCUUUAGAAAAUAAAUCUUCAAACACCACUACACAACAAUCAACAACAAAAGCUUCCACACAACAAUCAAAUGAACAUAAUCAUGUCUCUUCUGAACCAUUAGAUCAAUCGUCAUCAACUAAACAAAAUGUUCAAAAUGAAGGAAGUAGCUCACCAUAUCAACCUCAACCAGCUCAAAAUCAAAACUAUCAACACAAUCCACAAAGCAAUUUUAGAAAGAGAUACUCACAUCGUAACUCUGAACCAUCCAACAAUUAUAAUCAAUCAUACCAACAAGGCGGUUACAAUAACCAUAAAGGUGGGAACCGUCGUUACAAUCAAGGUCAAAGAGGUAAUUUCAACAGUUAUAGACAUUCUAUUGCAGGAUCACAUUACAACAAUGCUUCACCAUAUUUACUGAAUCCAAAUGGUAUCAAUUAUGGUUACCUACCCGUUGUCCAACCUCCUUUGAAUUAUGCUAAUAACUUUUAUCCAAAUCCAAACUCAAGAUCGAAUUCAGGAUCACCUGCUGCAAAUGAUAAUUUGGCUCAAUUAAAUGGUGUUAACGCUGCUCCAAUUGAUUUGAUUAAUAACUAUUAUUCACCACCAAUUGUUUAUCAACCAUAUGAAACACUUACUAUUAUAAGUAAUCAAGUUUCAUUCUAUUUCUCUAUUGAAAAUUUAGUGAAAGAUAUUUUCUUAAGAAAGCAAAUGAAUUCUAAAGGUUUUGUCCCAUUAAAGAAAUUAAUCAGUUUCAAUAGAUUAAAAUCAUUAACUGGUGGUGAUAUUCAAUUAUUAAAAAAUGCCAUUUUACAACUGCCUCAUUUGGAACUUGUCAAUGAUAAAGUUAGAACAACUGAUAAAUGGGAAAACUGGGUUUUACCAUUUGAAAAUCGUGAUGAAGCUGGUCAAGAUGAAGAUGAGCAAACAACAACUACUAAUUCAGAAGCUUAG